AUGGCAGUCUCGCUUGCGUUCGACUACCGGUUGAAAUCUGUGGAAGCGCAACUGGAGAAAUUGGCCGAACGACUGUCCAAGGCUGAGAGCCCAGGCGUCCCCAGUCCACCUCCGUCGGAUACCAAUGAGGUCACGGCUGAGUCUUGCUGGCCACUUGCACCGCUUGGCUCACGAGAGGAACCUUCCAGGGAAGUUGAAGUAUCCCAAGGCAUCAGCGCCGCCAGCACUACAGCACUAGAAGUAUCUGAAUACGCUCCGACGAUUCCGUUUCCCCUCAGUCGGAGCUCAACCAUUCUUAAGAUUGAGCCAUCUGUCGACCGCGCAGCAUUAUGGGACCAAUACAUCUCGACUGUCGAUCCGCUUCUCAAGAUUAUCCAUCUACCAAGCGCACGAUGCCUGAUCUUCUCAACUGGCGCGGAACUGGCAGCGGACGCCGAGGCUCUCAAGUCUGCAAUGUACUAUGCUGCUGCGGCUAGCAUGCAGAAUCAAGCAAGCGCGGCGUCGUCUUGUUCGUCGGUGGACUCCCUACUGGAGAUGCUUGCAAAUGAUAUUCAGAUCUCACUUACGACGUCCAAGUUAUUGAUCACACCGACUAUCACCUCACUGCAGGCACUGGCAAUUUGGUUGAUCUGUGGCCGUAAACAUCUCGGAUCGGCUUAUGUGUGGACCUUGACUGCCACCCUCGUGAGACUGGCGACGAAGUUGAAAUUGCACCAAGACCCCGACACUCUGGGGUUGUCGUUCCUGGAAUGCGAAUACAGGCGUCGACUCUGGUGGCACAUCUGCGCCUUGGAUGCUUACACCGCGGAGCUCAACAGUACCGAUCCAAUCAUCUACGAGCGACAAAGCACGACGAGAUUUCCGUUUCAGGACGAUGCGUCUGACUCUUCCGUCUCCGGCACGUCGAAUGAAGCCUAUAGUCGGACGCACUCUCCAGACAUGUUCUAUAGCAUGAUUCGAUUCGAGAUCACCUACUAUGCACGAACCGUGCUGUAUUCGGAUAUCUUCACGGAAGACAACGGCUAUCCAGUCCUAUCCCCAGAAGGCAAGUUGUCGAUUAUCGAAUCAUUGGAGAAAACUCUCGAGGUAAGUUGGAUAGGGCUAUAAUCUGUGACCUUAGGAGAGAGGCUGACAGGGAUGGAUACAGGACAAAUAUUACCGCCGUUGUAGCUGCCGAUCCUCGACGACCUGUGUCCUCGCCAUCACAACUAGUAAAAUGCUCGUCGCCGGACUGAAGCUCAAGAUCCUCCUACCCAGCCUCUCGAACAUCGUAGCCGGAACAGAACAUGCCAUUGUCGCGUGCAUCAAAAUCCUGGAAGCCGCUCAGACGCUACGUUGCAAUUCGGUGUAUUCCCGCUGGACGUGGCUCAGCCAUGAUGAAAUCGAAUGGGAAGUGGCCAUCAUCUGCCUUUCAUGCCUCAUAAGCGCCGGCACUGCUCGUGCCAGGCAAGGUGUCCUCAACCGAGCGUGGCUCGCCAUCGACGCGUUCACCGCCGCCUGGGAAGGCCGCGUUCGUAAACCUGGGCAAGAAGAACAAUGGACGCAAAUCGAAGAAUUACAAACCAAAGCUCUCCGAGCCUCCUCUUCGACCUCCGGGACUCUCACGCGCCGGCACCAGGAAAAUCGAAAGAGGAAUACCAUGGCCUUCUCCGCUAGCGCUAGCGUUUCGUCGUUGUCUCUGCCCUGCUCGCCCCACCUUGCCCCCUACCGACCACUGGAGCGACGAGUGACUUUCACGCCCGACAGUCCCGCCACGAGCGAGAGCAGCAGUGCCGGCGCAUCCAUCGUCUCAGCGAUGACCGACGAAUCCAGCCAAUCUUCCCUAGCGAUACCCACGGACAUCAAAGCACUGAGUCUCAUGUUGUGA